GUUUCAUGUUUUACUGCUGCGACUUGACGGUUGUAACUGUUCAGUGUAGCGUCCAGCCUCCUGUCAGCAGCUGGGGAACAGCCUAACAGCACGAUGAGAGAGGACAGACCGGAGAAAAGCCGUUAACACACCGCAAAGAUGGAGGACGACCUGGCGUCAGAGGAUGAUAUCUUGCUGUGGUCAGAGAAGGAGUUCCACGAUGCUGCAAAGAGGAACGACACAGGGAAAAUGCAGGAACUGAUCAAGAAGGGUGUGGACGUCAAGGCCAAAAAUAAAAUAGACAGGAAGGCUCUGCACUGGGCGGCAGGAGCAGGGAAUGAACAGGCUCUUCGUCUCCUCCUGGACCACGACACUGAAGUUGAUGAGGCGGACAUUUUUGGCAUGAACGCUCUGCUGCUGGCCUCCUGGUUUGGUCACCUGAAGAUCCUGCAGAUCCUGGUGUCCUGUGGAGCAAAGCUCAGCUGUGUGAACAAGGAUGGUCUGACUAUGCUGCACUGUGCUGCUCAGCGAGGCCACAUCAGAGUGUUGGAGUUCAUCAUGGAGGACCUGGAGGACAUCUGUCUGGACAGAGAGGACAAGGCAGGGAAGACAGCUCUUCACCUGGCGGCUGAACAUGGACAACUGGAGGUGGUGGAGUUUCUGAUUGGAAUGGGUUGCACACAUGGAUUAAAGGACAAGGAGGAGAACACGGCCAUGCAUCUAACAGCGAAGUGCGGCCACACAGAGGUCCUGCAGAAGAUCGUGGAGACCGGACUAGAUGUGGAUGAGAGGAACAUAGAUGGUCUCACAGCUUUGCACCUGGCAGCUGAUGGAGGUCACUAUGACUGUGUCAAGUUGCUGCUGGAGUCCGGCUGUAAUGUCAACGCACAGACGAAUAGGAACAUGAACGCUCUGCACUACGCUGCCCAGCACGGCUUUGACAAAGAGGCCAGUUUACUCCUGGAGGCAGGAAUCAGCAUCGAUGCUGUCGACAAUCAACACACCACAGCACUCCAUGUGGCGGUGUUCAGCAGCCACACUGAGGUUGUGCGGCUGCUCAUAGAUGCUGACUGUGACCUGGACGUCACUGACUGUAGACAGCAGACGGCUCUACACAUCGCAGCAGAGCAUGGCUGGCAGGACCUGGCUGAGAUGAUGUUGAUUUCAGGAGUUAACCUCAACAUGGCUGACAAGCAGGGGAAAACAUGUCUGGAGGUGGCAGCCAGAGGAAACCACGUCAUCCUGGUCGACAUGAUCAUCAAAGCCGACCGCUUCUAUAAAUGGGAGAAGGAUCACAUGAGCAGUGAGCAGGACUCCUGGGUGGGGAGGCCGCUGAGCUUCAGGCAGGACCACCAGCCGGAGACACAGCACCUCCGCUCAGUCCUGUGGAGCCUGGCCACCAAGCACCUCUGCCGCGGGGAGUGGAAGAUUCUGGCACAACACUGGGACUUCAGUGACGCUCAUAUACGAGCUAUAGAACAACAGUGGACAGGUAUGAAAAGCUUCAAAGAGCAUGGUCACCGCAUGCUGCUCAUCUGGCUUCAUGGAGUCGUGGUGGCGGGGGAGAACCCCAUCAAAGGCCUGUACGAGGGGCUGGUGGAGAUCUCCCGCACAGACCUGGCAGAGUGUGUCCGGCAGAAGGCGAACGCAGAGAGCAGCUCUCCUAAGAUGUGCUCUGCGAUGUGAUCUGUGUCACUCUGAGUGACUGUGAAGGUUUCACUUCACCCCUGAACUCUGUUUAACUAUAAAUGACCUGAGCUGAGCCAAUCACAACACUUUGUAUAAUUUAUGGCAUGUUUAUAUUCACAUUUUUAAUCUGUUCUGACUCUGGUUGAGAGGAUUUAUUCUAUGUUAGGGUGAGGGGACAAUAAGAUGGUUUUAAUGUAAAAUAACAGUUCUUUUUGUUGUUUUUUUAAUGCAUGUGGUGAACAGCUGCUGACACUAUUCAUACUGUAUAUACUGCUUUAUCUCUGUACACAAAGGGCUGUAAACACACAACACAUUUCAGAUUAUUAUAAGGAUUUAUCAUCCAGCCUCAUAUAAUGUAAAGGAUCCACCAUAAAACCCAUCAUUUAAUAAGGAAUGUCACCUGGUAUUAGGUUUGGGCCGAUAUUCAAUAAUAUUGCAAUAUUUCCCACCAAUGCAAUAUUUUUCAUCAUAUCAAUUUUUUGCUGUAACAUAAUAUAUGAUUUAAUAUAUUAUUAAAAAAAAACAAUUGAAACAUAAAAUAUAACCCCUGUGAUAAUAUCGUAUAUCAGGAUUUUUGGGUUAGACUGCAUUGAGAUAUUAAAUUUUGGAUAUCAACCCUACCUGGUAUCAUGUGGGACUUGGAUCCUGAUCCACAAAAUAUUUACUAUAUACUGUAUUUCUUUAUCAAAAACUAUAUCUAGCAGCUACAUAGAAAUCCAAACUCCCCCCACCACAUGCUUUCUCCUGAAAACAUAAAGCUAAAGCUCUCCUUCCUUAAAGUUCCCCUCCAGACAUGUUUCAAACUCUGUAAAAGUAUUCUAUGCUAAUACUAAUCAGCUGUGAUUCAUAUUUAGUUGAUCAUGGUUUUCCCGAACAAACAGUCUCAUCUCUUACAUCCUGAGUGAGAAAUGUGGAUCAGGCCUUGAGCCCCGCCCACCACCUGCUGGCUCCAGGUGGACAGGUGAAAGAGCAGAGAGCAUCAAGAUGGUUAGAGGAGGAAACAUCAGAGAGACUCAGCCACAUGUUUGAGCCUCAGUCAGACCCAGACUCAGAUGAGGAGUCUGAGACCAGAACCAGAGACUAGCAGACGGAUCAGAACACUUAGCGUAGUUAGCAUCUUUUAUCUGUUUAUGUUGUUUGUUAGCUUGUAACUGGCAGUGGCUGACACAGUGUCAGUGGUUCUGCUAAUGCUAACUGUCUCUCUGUACUGACAAGGUUUCAGGCUUAUUUAGACCCGCCCCCAAUCCCCACCAGUUGACAGGAUUGGUUCCUUAGGUGUUGAUGAUCAUUUCUCAUCAUAUGUCUAUUAUAUAAAAACAUCAUAUGGGAGUUUGGCUCCAAAAGAAACUCAGAAAGAAGUUGUUAUGCUUAAUAUGGAAGCAAACAGCUGCCUGCUUACACAUCAGCAGACACUGAUGAGCAUGUGACACUGAAGUGCAUUCAGACUGAAUGAGAAGCAGGUUUUGUCCUCGUAUUAUUUGCAGGAGCUGGAGCCUGAUCAGAGAGCCUGGAGGCAGACUCGAGACUAAGCCAGUGUUUUAGUUUCAUGGUCCAGUCCAAAGUUCACAUGUAACAAAAAUGUGAAGAAAGAACAACUAAACUGAAUUUAUUCUUACACAGCAAAAUUCACAUCAGCUUAAAGAUUAUGGAUCAUGGACAUCUAAUGAACAAACAGAGCAGAAGUAUCAUGGUUAGGGCUCCUCGAUUUUAACCAUAGGCCGAUGUCCAAUCAUUACCCUGUGAAAGCCGAUAUGAUCGUUAUGAUACCCCAUGAGCGAGAGAGAGAGGAGUGACCACAACUCUCUCUCUCUCUCUCUCUCUCUCUCUCUCAUGGAUACCCUGCAUGUUGACUGCAGCAUCUGUUACAAGGCAUUUUACCUUGUUCCUCUCCACCAUGAGGUUAGUUUCACCUGAGCCGUGUGGCUUCUGAGUGGCUGCUGGGAAGAUUUUCACUCAGGUGAGGUGUUAAAGGUGCUGACCAAAAACAAGAGGGUUGUAGAUGUCAAAAGAGAUAGACUGAGCACAUGAGCAGCUUAUAUUGCCUUUAAGGUCCAAAUGAUCUACAUUCAGCCAGUUACCUGCUCAGGUUGGCCAGCCUCCUGACAAGGGGAGGAGCAUCACAACUUCCAACAAAAGUAGUUGUAAGUACGUGUGUGAUUUUAUGCGACUUAACAUGAUGCCUGCUGGACUUAAAGCAGUGCAUUCUGGUUAGAAAGUUUGUCCGACUUUUGCUGCAGAACAUCAUCAUGUCACAUGACAUUAAAACCUCACAGGAGCAAGGCACCUUCACUUUUCUGAGGCAGGUUCUGCAGUUUCUCACCUGUGUGAUGACUGAGCUUUGUCCUGAUUGGCUGAAGGCUUCACUGACACACAUGACAUGUUUUAUGUAUUUAUUCUAAGAACUUCAGUUCCUCUUUUACUGUUCCUUCAGUUUAUUUGAGCUCCUCCUUCUGAAAGCUCAGUUUUUACAUAUGGACACCAACACUAUAGUUUUCAUUUCCAGUUUGUUAUUAUGAAAGCAUUCUUACAGGUCAAGAUUUAUUCUUUAGAUUUCUCUUCACCUCCUGGCAAAAUGGUGGCCCUUGUUUUUUAUUGUCAAGUCUGUGGUUCUCAAUGAAUAAAUAUUUUUACUUUUUAUUUAUUUACCAUCAAAUACUUUGGGCUCCAUAAUAAACACUGAAAGAUCUGUGGAUGCUGCUGAUGCCUUUAAAAAGCAGCUCAAGGUCCAGAGGUGCAGACUUCACUUCUCCUGUUUUAUUCAUCUGUUGAUGUGAAGUACUUUGCCCUCGAAUGGUGCUAUUAAAAAAAACUUGAUUCACUCACUUCACCAGGAGAGUGACGACACCAGCCACACACUGCAGCAGCUCUCACACACAUCAAUACUCUGUAGAUAUCAUCAUAUCACCACAUGGAAAUGUACUGGUAAAGCUGCCACCAUUUUUGGGCAGAACUCGAACAAUGGCUGUUGUAUUAGCACAGGAAACAUGAGCGGGUCACCCUGGUUACAACAAAUGAUCUAAAGUGCAGUUUUGCUCAGUGUUGACAUGAUCACUCACUAUCAGCUGUUAACAUCCAUUAGCAUUAGUAAUAUACAGUGUUUAACCUACUGUCCCCACUGCAAGCAAUAGACCAUUUACAGGAUGCAGUUUAAUGAUGCAAAAAACACAUGACAUUUCGAGCAAAAAAAAAACUUUUCUAUUUUGAUCUAAACUUUGCUUUAUUGUUUUAUGAUUUACUGGAUAAUUUCACUUCUUCUAAACCUCUUUGGUUGAUGUCAUCAUAACCCAUAAACAUAUGCUGAUGAUGGGUCACAAGUUGCUUUAUUUUGAAGGGUGACAAGCCAAAAGGUUGGGAAGUGCUGUUCUAGAUGACUGGGCAUCCUGCAAUGGUGUGGUAGGAAACAGGAAAUGGUUAAAACUAUGACCAAAAAAAUCCAGCUUAUAUAAAACUGAACUUAAGGAGUUGUGUGUAUAUCUGUAUUUAUGUUUAUGAAUCCACUGAUUCACUAAACUGAGAGUUUGAAAUGGUUUUGAAACACUGCACCAUGUGUUUAAUGUUUUCAUGUAUUCCUCUCGGUUUCACUCUGACCAAAACAAAUUGAAUCACAGUUCUGUUUUUGUUAUAUAUGUACAGUAUUUCCAUUUCUACUUGAAUUUCUUUGUGGAGCCACUCUGUGCAUGUUCAGAGUUUUAAAUCACGUGUGUGUGGUAUAGAUAUAAUCUGUGUUAAAUGUAUAAACUUCUAAUGUAAUUGUGAACUUGACUCAUUCAUGAGAUCAGUAAAAACUAUACUUUGAAAACAA